UUCACAAUUGGAGGGGAGAAAGUUGAAAGGGGUCAGGUGACGUUCAAAAUGGCGGCGGCAAUACAAACAAUUAACCAGUUUUUAGUUUCUGGUCAAUAUCAUUCAAUCUUGGCACUAAUUAAAGGUUUACGAAAUGGAAUUGUAUAUGGAGCAAAAGUACGAUUUCCACAUGCAUUGGUCAUGACAUUUCUUUUUAAAAGUGACAGUUUCAGAAAUAAGCUCAUAACAAUUUUACAAGCAACUUACACACAUUCCAAGAAUCUAGGUUUAUUUGUUCUGUCUUAUAAAACUUUGACAACAAUAAUGCAGUAUGUACAGACACAGAAAUAUCAACCCCAGUCUUUCAUAGCUGCUUUUUGUGCUGGUUAUCUUAUAUUCGGUCGAUAUAAUAAAGUUAAUGAACAAAUAAACUUGUAUCUUCUAUCAAGAAUAAUAUAUGGUUUAGCACAAUUAGCUGUGAAGAAAGGAUACAUACCUAAACCCAAGAAAGAUGCCUUUCCCAUGUUUGCAGCACUUGUGUGGGGAAUAGUUCUCUGGCUUUUUGAACAUGAAAAGGACACAUUACAGCCUUCCUUAAGAUCUUCUAUGACAUAUUUAUAUACUGAUAGUAACAAGUGGCAUGAUCUUAAGGACUUUAUUAUCCAUAACAAGCCUUGAUGAAAAUUUUAUAUAUUUAGUUUGAUAAUAUAUAUUUUUAAACCAUGUAAAUAGUGAUUUUUUCUCCUAUAAAAAUAUGUCUUUUUAUGAAAUUAUUUUGCCAUAGAAUGUAACUACCGCACUCAUAAUGUUUAUGACUCAUUAUAUCUAUUUUAUUUGAAUAGACGUUUUAGAUUAUUUUUUGUACAGCUACAUGUUAUAUUUUAAAUAACCAUUUCUCAGGUGGUUCAAACUUGUUUCGAGAAAGGGGGGGGGGGUAAAUGAUCUAAUGCAUGCCUUCAGAUCCUAACUCAACAUAUCCUAACUCAAGUGACUUAAGUGGACGGUUUCAACUCCAUACUUGUACAUGAUAAGGAGUUGGGUAGCUUGCCUGACUUUUACCUGCGCAAGCAAAUUAUUGAAAUGAAAUUGUACCAAAUCUUAGUCCCAAAAUGACCUAGUUUGGGUUGAGUAGACACUAAGUUCCAUUUCUCUCUCUCUGAGAAAAUCCCUUUAGCCAGUCCGAAUUUACUGUCAUGCAACUUACUAUUAAUACCAGAAUUAUUGCCCUCAUCAUCUAAAUUACAUUUAAAAUGCAAUAAGUUGCCUGUUUUUAUUUUUAAACCCUAGGUCAACUGCAAAUUGGUGAUAUAAUGCCUGGCAUUUGUUGCAAAUAAUAAGGGUAGCAGUGACAAUGUAUUCUGAAAAUGUAUGCAUAUGUGAAUAAAAUCAAAAGUUUUGAAAAUAAAUAUCUUAAUUUCUAAAUGCC